AUGUCGUCACCUGAGCAGCGAGUUGGCAAGAAGAGGCCACGAACCCAAUCGCUUCCUCCGCCAGCUCUGCCCCAGCUUGUAGCUGAGCAACACCUCCCCAUCGCACCCACAGACAAGGAUACCAAGCGACUGAUUGUCGUCCUCUCACAUGCCAGCCUCGAGACCUACAAGGCUUCCCAUGGCGGACCUGGACGCAUGGGCAUACAACGCGAGGAAAAGUACUCGCUCUUGAAUAGCGAUGAGCACAUUGGUGUCAUGCGAAAGAUGAACCGAGAUAUUAGCGACGCUCGGCCAGAUAUCACUCACCAGUGCCUCCUUACCCUGCUCGAUUCGCCUGUGAACAAGGCAGGCAGGUUGCAGAUUUAUAUCCACACCGCGAAAGGAGUCUUGAUUGAAGUAUCGCCCUCCGUCCGCAUACCGCGUACCUUUAAGCGCUUCGCCGGUCUCAUGGUCCAGCUACUUCACCGGCUUUCCAUUCGCUCUACUAAUUCCCAGGAAAAGCUCUUGCGUGUCAUCCAGAAUCCCAUCACAGACCAUCUUCCACCCAAGUGCCGAAAGGUAACGCUCAGCUUUGACGCCCCAGUAGUACGUGUACGGGAAUACGUUGACACGCUGGACACCGAUGAGAGCAUUUGUGUGUUCGUCGGUGCUAUGGCCAAGGGUCCAGACAACUUUGCCGAUGGCUAUGUCGACGAGAAGAUAUCCAUCAGCAAUUACAGCCUCUCGGCGAGCGUUGCUUGCAGCAAAUUUUGUCACGCCGCAGAGGAUGCUUGGGAUAUCCUGUAG